AUGAAUUAUUCAACAAUUUUAACCCUCCUCAUUUUGAUUUGCGCAAUUCUGGUCGAAGGUCAAAGAAGGUAGAACCAAAAAAUGUACUUCCUCAAAAAAACUUUGAAUUUUUCAGCGCUUUAAAUAUGCGCCGUCCAAUGUCACCUCGUCCAAUGAAUCGUGCAUCGGGUAGAGGUAACACCCCAAAUUUCAAAAAUAAUCCCUAUUUUUAUUAUAGUCGGUAGAAGAAAUGGUCCAAUUCCACCAUCAAGACAACAAUUUGCAAGACGAAAUAAUAACAACGGACGAGUUCGUAAGUGAUUAGAGCUAGACAUUUUUCUUAAGUCAGACAUAGAAACAUGUCUCCUAGAAUACAUUCUCCUUCUAUUUCAGUCCCACCCGGAUUCAAACCACCAACCGGAAUCGCCAAAAAACUAAACGAUGCUACGGAUUUCCGCGCAUUGGCUCGUGUAUUGCUCAAACACUAA